AUGAAGUUGGGGAUAAUUGGCGGAGGACCUUCUGGUUUUUAUGUCGCCUCUCGAAUUCUAUCUAGGACAAGCAGACCCCUGCGGAUCGACAUUUACGACCGUCUCUGGUGCCCACAUGGGCUCGUGCGGUACGGUGUUGCCCCCGACCACCCUGAAGUCAAGAACUGCAUCCAUAAAUUUGACACAGCUGCAUCCGACCCUCGUCUCCGUUUCUUUGGCAAUGUGAACGUCGGAAACACAGGCGGUUUCAAGCACAACCUUCAAAUCCCCGUACAGUCACUAUUGAAUAACUACACUCAUCUUCUCCUCGCAACGGGAUGCACGAAACCGAGACUACAUCCAUCUUUACCGCCCCGGAAAGGUGUAGUUGUACCCGCUCUUGACAUAGUUCACUGGUAUACUGCUCAUCCUUCCACUCCUUCACCGCCGCCUCUGGACAAGGUCAAGCACAUCUCUCUUAUUGGACUGGGAAAUGUAUCGCUGGAUGUAGCUAGAAUUCUCCUCAUGAAUCCGAACGAGCUGGCUCCGUAUGACGUUCCGGAGAGCGUGUUGGAUGUUCUUAGAAAGUCUACGGUCGAGCAUGUGUCAAUUAUCGGGAGAAGAGGGCCUUUGGAGGCGGCUUUCACAACGAAAGAGUUGAGAGAGAUGAUGGAAUUAUCGGAGGCUAGAAUGGUACCUCUGGAUUCACCUUUGUUGGCCACCGAUGAAGGGAGAAAGUUGACACGCCAACAAACCCGGACACUCGAUCUCCUCAAAAAGGGUUCGAAGAACACGUUUCCGGUCUCUCCGAAAAAGACAUGGAGCCUGGAGUUCUAUAGAAACCCUUUGGGAAUCAUUCCUGGCGAAGGCGGGCAUAUACACAUCCUAACGUUGGGACACACAGAAGUGGACAAAACUACAGGAAAAGCAGUACCGACAGGCCUCACAACGCAACUCCCUACCGACCUGGUUAUCACCUCUUUGGGAUUCCACGGGGAAUCUUUCACCUUACCUCCUUCAUCUUCGUCUCCGCACCUCGAUUCGCACUCGACCUCCCCCGACUUGUACUCCCCCACACUCGGUCACCUACGCACCCUUCCUCCGGUCAAUCGUCUCAUUUCACCAAAUCCAUCUGGCCAUAUUCUCAAGCACAUGUAUGCCUCUGGUUGGGCGGCUACGGGAGCGAAGGGUAUUUUGGCAACGACAAUGAUGGACGCCUAUAGUGUUGCGGACGCGGGCAUCUUGAAGGAUGUUGUCUUGGCGGAUGAGGAGGUCGAGAGUGGGAGAUUAGAGGAGGAACUGUUGCUCAAUCCUCUCGAGGCAUUUGAUGUAGACCUCGAUUCCCUUCCAUCUGAGGUUGAGCAAGGUCUGUGUGAGGGAACCGUCACAACAUAUGAGAAUUGGAAGAAGAUUGAUGAGGCAGAAGUCAAACGAGCCAAAGAUGGAAAGGAAAGAGAACGGAUGACAUCUUGGGAAGAGGCUAAGGCCUUCUUGCGUGAGGUUUCCAACGUCUGA